AUGGGCGUCAAAACACUUUGUUCUGAUCGCUACAAAGAGGCUUUUCUAUUGCAUACAGAUGAGCGUGGGAGUCUCUUCGAGGCUAGGAGGAUCUGUGAUAACGAAAAGGUCCUAGUGGAAGCCAUUGCCUUAUCCUACAUUUCUGCGGAAGAGCGACAAGAGCUGCUCAAAGAGUAUACCCAGUUAUUAACUCUGCGACACGACUGUCUUCUUUCUGUGCAGGACAUAUACUACGAUGCAGGGGAGGGGCACUGCCUUCUCAUCGAGCUGGAGUAUUUCCACGGAUCGAUGAAGGCGUUGAUUCACGACGCUGCCGGGGCUAGAAUUCCUUUUGACGAAGAGUAUAUCUGGCACCUGAUGGAGCGCAUCGUUAACAGUCUGACAUAUCUAUACACUAAUGAAAGUUUUUCCAUCAAAGCACAUGGUCAAAUAUGGCCAUCUAAUAUUCUUAGAACGGCGACCAAUAAGUUCGUUCUCGGAGAGCCUAUUCUUCCCGCACACUUUGUCAGCCACUUGCUUCCAUCUGAGUAUAAACAGGCAGGGUUUAGCUACUUGGCUCCAGAGACAGUGCAAAGUAAGUCACUCAGCGAGUGUUCGGAUAUUUGGAUGGUUGGAUGUCUCAUGUAUGAGCUAUGCACACUCACUCCUCCUCCAUUUGACUCUGGAACGUUGACAGAGACGCCGACCUUGCCUUCUCUUCAGCAGCUGGUCGAUGCUGGAGCAUUUUCGCACGAGCUUAUUCUAUGCAUAAAGUCAUGUCUUCACUAUCUACCUGAACUGCGCCCCUCCGCUUCUGUCCUCAGGGAUCUCUGUGCCCGGCGCUCAGCGUCUGCUUUGUCAAAUGUUUGCAUGGACUCGGCGGAGACGACUGCAGACGUCGGUAUACUAUCUAUUCCUGCACAGGAUUCUUUUGCAGCCAAUCAGUCUCAUUACGACGGUAAUGCUGAUGGCACUUGGAUGGGAGCACAGCAAUCUAUGCUAUUAAAGGAGUCUAAGGUCAAGCUUGCUAUGGCCCGAGAUGCACUGCUAUUCAUGGCAAUUAGAAAUAACGACCUCCCUGAUGUUGUGGCCCAAAAGGCAACCUUUCUUCGGUGCCCAUGUAAGUAUUUUCAACGGGCGAUUGAUGAUUGCCGCCCAGAGAUUGUACACCAAUUCUGCUUAUGGAACUAUGAGCAUAAUCUAGACAUCUUCGUUUCUGCCCGUAAGGGCGUCUCCACUAAUUCAAAAACCCCCUUGAUGACUGCCGCGCUCGAGGGCAAUGUUGCGGGCGUUUUGGAAAGUCUUCAUCUCUCAGGAAGAUACUGCUAUAACUAUCUUACUGGAGGAGAGACAGCGCUCUACUAUGCUGUUUUAGGGUGCAAUCCCGAAUGUGUUAAAUUGUUACUCUGUGAGCUGGGUAUUUACAACGAAAAGGGCUGCACAGCGUCCUCACUAUUACAAUCGUCUAAAGGAUUUCAACACGAUUACGCAAGUCUAUUACUUCCAGAACAGUGGAUACAGCCACGAGAACUCGUAGAGCAAUACCUGCUUGCUGACGACAAAACCAACGCUAACGAGUUUGAUUCCAUUCACAAGGAAUUGGAUAGUAAGCUAGAGGCGCUAAACAGACACCUGGCUACAAAGCCACAGCAGAAAAGGAACCAUGUAGGGUGUCCUUUUGAAACAAUUGGGGAGACAAUUAAUAGGAAUCUCAGAGAUUGCCUGAAAAGCCUGCGCGAGGGUCGGCAGUAA